AUGACCGAGCCUCGCGAGUCUACGCCAACAUCAGUUUUACCAAAGCUGAUCGCAGUGCUUAGUUUUUCAUCUCUAUGCCCAAUAGCAUUCGUAUUACUGUACAAAAUGGCUACAAAAACAUAUCAUUCUACACUUUUACACAUUUGCCUUUACUGCUCAGGAUCCACACUCCUUCUCCCAGCAUUAAUAUUCUUUUUCCGUAUGUACCAAAACCUUUUAGUUCCUAAGAACAUUUUGCCAGCAAUUCCUGAAGAUGAACUCUCAGAAGUGUAA